GCACCAACCAGGGGAGGAUGAGAGAUACAUGAGGGGGAAAGUGCACGUCUGGGAUGCACAAGCAAGCAACGGGCUGAGAGAGAAGCACGUGAGAGGGACAAGUGCAGAAAGAGAAAGAGAAGAGACAAGAAAGGCAAUUAGAAGAGAAUGGGACAGAGACUGUGAGAGAAUGACAUAGAUGGGCAACUAAGGAGACUCAGAGGGGAGUCACAGGCACAGACAUCACUUCAUGACAUUCUUGAAGAGACGCAAGAUAUCCCAUCAUUAUGGAUUGUGGAUGAGUGCAAGGCAGAUGGCAUUAAUAUUGUACAAGUUCAGAGAGAGCGUUAGGAUGCUGAGGCAGUAGUGAGGUUGCCCUGCUCUUCCAUGUUCCCCCAUCAGCGAUACAACUCAUCCCUUCCCUCUGCCCUCUCAACCUUGCCUCCUACUUCUCUCUCCCCAUCAUCCCCUACCCCCCGUCCUUCUUCCUCUGUCCCUCUCCUUCCUUCACUUUCCAUGGCUUUUGGGGUCACCUCCAAUGCACUAGGUCUAUGGAUUUUGGCUCGGGCCUACACAUAUUCCCGCCGUCAGCGUCGAUCCAGGGCACAGUUUCUUCUCUUGGCCUCAGGACUCCUCUUGACGGAUUUGGCUGGACACCUCAUCGCUGGCUCCUUUGUACUGUGGCUGUAUUCCCAUGGAGGGCUUCCAGUAGCCGGCUGCCAGUUUCUUGGAGGGUGCAUGGUCUUUUUUGGUCUUUCUCCUCUACUAAUUGGACUUCUCAUGGCAUGUGAACGGUGUCUCGGCCUAACUAGACCACUUUGGCAUUCACAGAUGGUCACACAAAAUCGAGCUCGCUUGAGUCUUGCCCUUGCAUGGGCUGUGGCCCUUCUUGUGUCUAUUCUCCCAUUUCUGGGCUAUGGGGCAUACGACCUUCAGCCCUCGGGGACUUGGUGUUUUCUCAAGGGACCCACAGGGUUCUGCUUACUGUUCUCUGGCCUGGGACUAGGAUGCCUGGCGGCUGCACUUGUGUGUAAUGUACUGGUUGGGGCAACCUUGUUAAGAGCCCGUCUCCAAAGACCCCCAAAGGAGGAGAGAAGAAGGAGACAGUCUCGCUCACAUACCCAUGACCUAGAGAUGGUGGUGCAACUGCUGGCAAUCACAUUCGUAUCAUGUGUGUCUUGGACCCCCUUGUUGGUCUCCGUGGUGAUGUUGCACACAGGUAUACCCCUUCCUCGUCCCGACUGGUUACUCUUCACAGUGCGCUUGGCUUCACUGAACCAGAUUUUGGACCCAUGGGUGUACAUCCUACUGAGACGGUCGGUGCUGUUCCGCCUAUACACCAUCUUUGUGCGGGCUACCCGUCUGCGAAAUGGAAAGCUCAGCCGUUGGGAUGCUGGAGAGUUCCAGAGCUCGGAGCGGAGUCAGGGGACCCAGGUGCUAAAAAUCCUAAGAGCGCUGCAAAAUGAGGGUCUGUUCGUUAAGCCGAACCUGUCGAGAAGCACCCAGCUCACUACCAACACAGCUGGAGCUGAGAGGCUUCCACAAAAAGUCUGACUCUUACAAGGUUCUUGGGCAGAAAUGCAGCUUGUGGGAGCAUGAACCCCCCGCCAACCAAGUGGAAGAAGAAGAAGAAGGCAUCAGUGGAUAAUUCACUGCUACAGAUAACGCUUUGACCCAGUGACUUUUACUCAAGCUAGAAGAAACCCUAGAAGUUUCAAUAGUAAACAUUGCCUGGGCAGCGGCUUAGUUAUUCUAUAUAAGCCCUCACGGAAUGUUAUGUUAUGUAACAGUUUAAUAUACUAGUACCUCGGAAUUUGUUUUA